GCGCGCGCCCGACUGGGGGCGGAGGGCGGAGGCCCGUGGGCCGGAACAGCCGCGGCAAGUGGCGGCAGCGGCGGCUGCAGCUGAGGCGGCGGCGGCGGCGAGCGGGGGUCCCGGCGGCGGCGGCGGAGUCGGCGGGCCGAGGAGCUGGGCGCGAUGGAGCGGAAGAGGUGGGAGUGCCCGGCGCUCCCUCAGGGCUGGGAGAGGGAAGAAGUGCCCAGAAGGUCGGGGCUGUCGGCCGGCCACAGGGAUGUCUUUUACUAUAGCCCGAGCGGGAAGAAGUUCCGGAGCAAGCCACAGCUGGCGCGGUACCUGGGGGGCUCCAUGGACCUGAGCACCUUUGACUUCCGGACAGGCAAGAUGCUGAUGAGCAAGAUCAACAAGAGCCGGCAGCGGGUCCGCUACGACUCCUCCAGCCAGGCCAAGGGCAAGCCCGACCUGAACACGGCCCUCCCGGUCAGGCAGACGGCGUCCAUCUUCAAGCAGCCAGUGACCAAGAUCACCAACCACCCCAGCAACAAGGUGAAGAGUGACCCACAGAAGGCUGUGGAGCAGCCCCGGCAGCUCUUCUGGGAGAAGAAGUUGAGUGGCCUGAACGCCUUUGACAUCGCUGAGGAGCUCGUGAAGACCAUGGACCUCCCCAAGGGCUUGCAAGGCGUGGGUCCCGGCUGCACCGAUGAGACCCUGCUCUCGGCCAUCGCCAGCGCCCUGCACACCAGCAGCAUGCCCAUCACCGGGCAGCUCUCGGCCGCCGUGGAGAAGAACCCAGGGGUGUGGCUUAACACUGCCCAGCCCCUCUGCAAGGCCUUCAUGGUGACCGAUGAGGAUAUCAGGAAGCAGGAGGAGUUGGUGCAGCAGGUGCGCAAGCGGCUGGAGGAGGCCCUGAUGGCUGACAUGCUGGCCCACGUGGAGGAGCUGGCCCGGGACGGUGGGGCACCGCUAGGCGAGGCGGGUGUGGACGACGACGAGGACGAGGACGACGAGGAAGAGGAGGGCCCCGACCAGGACCCGGACCUGGAGCACGUGGUCUGGUCUGGAAGUGCAGGUCGCUCCGGGGGCCAUCACCCCAUGCCGGACUCGGGGACCCCGGCCUCACAGCCCACCCCACACGGCCGCUGCCCUGAGCACCUCACUCGGGACUGCUGCCACUGCGCGGCCACGGAGGUGGUUUUGAGACAGUCUUUACCCCAGUGUGUGCAUAUGCGUGACAGCGUCCUGGGCCAGUGUGUCAGCACUCCAGCGGGUGCAGGACGGUGCCCGUGCCCCCUGGCCCGGCGGUGCUGUAACUGCUCGGAGCACCCAGAGCAGACAGCACGACCCAGACGUCUCCUUCCAUGAACCUGCAGUGCAGAUGGGCCAGCGUCCGUGUCACCACCAGACUAACCAUUGGUGGUUGCCACACGUGGACACGAACUCCGGCCUUUGCAUCUGAAAACCGUGCUGCCUGUGGCCCUGCCAGAGGGUCAGCCUCCGGCAGCAGGACACCAGGCCAGGGACACAGCACACAGGAACCCCCAGGACAACCUCCGUGUGCGUUGCCUCUCUCUAGCAGGCACAGUGGUGCCUGGCCUGCAGGCUCUGGGCCGUUGUGCUGCCUGGCCGGAGCUGGCACCGGGCACAGCUCCCCCACGGCCCCAUCCCUGGGCUGCCUUUCAUGGCUGAGCGUCUCCAGGCGCCAGGCACCUGGAGCAGUGCUCUUAGGAGCUCCGGCCGGGAGGCUGUCACCAUCGUACUGCUCCACUGCCGUCCCUUCGGGGGCAGGGCUGCUGCCAAGUUCUGCUCUGCCCCUAAUUACAGCCUGCAAUUGUCAGGACCUGGGUUGCUGCCUCAUUUGUCAGACACCCAAUUUUGGGGGUCGCUGCCCACCUGCUCCCCACAGGACAUCAGGCUGAUGGCAUCUUUCCAAGUCGAGUCAGCACAAAUCACUGCAGACCACGGAGGCUGCCUGAGCCUGUGGCCUGUCACUCAUGGGCUGUGGUGCUGGUGCCGGGGGUCAGGGAGGCCCUGGCUGCUGAUGGGGCUGCAGGGCCGGGUCCUGUCUGGGUGGCAACUGAAUAAAGCCAUCAUGUGUACCUGG